GAAAUUUCAAAUGAACGCUAAAUCGAUUAACCUUUUCAUCGUUCUUCUGUACGUUCUUUGCGUCUUGUCGCACGGAGUAAUUGCUCAAUGUCCCCGUGGCCAAAUAUGCACUACUACUACUACUAAUUGUGGCCCACAAUGUACCGAUAGUACGUGCGCUGAUACUAAUACUGAUACUCAAAACUGCGGAACUUGCGGUCACGCUUGUGAAGCCGAUGAAUACUGCGUAGACGGUGUAUGCGUCGAUUGCGUAAAUGACUCGGAUUGUGUCAGCGAUUAUUUAGUAACUCCUGAUCAUUAUACCGAUGUGGUUCCUGCUGCAGGAACAUGCAUUAACAAUGUCUGCUAUGUGUGCGCUGGAUGUUUAGAUGCAGGUCGUUGUGGUACAUUCGAAAACACUGGUGGUACUGAUUAUGGUUAUGCACAAUGUAAGACAAAUCUAGGUCCAGAUUGUUGCAAUUGUUGCAGACCUAGAGAUUUAGAAGAAUAUUAA